UGCACUGGCAACAAAAAGCACACACGUGCGCAUACUACUACAGAGAUAUAGAGCAUUCCUGGGCUGAUCGGUGGCGAGAAUGGCAGCGAAACUCGUCAGGGCGCGAUCACCGGCGGCCGCCGCCGCCCUGCUCCUCGCGGCGGCGUGCCUGGUGCUCGCGGCGACGGUCGCGGACGCCAGGCCGCUGAUGAGAGAAGAGCUGCCGUCGUCGUCGGUGGUGGUGGAGUCGCCGCCGGCGGGCGGCAUCCAGACGGUGGUCGGGGCCGCGGAGCACGACGGCGCCGGCGCCCGCAAGUUCGCGAUGAGCAUCGACAUGCUCCGCGGGGUGAAGGACUCCGGCCCGAGCCCCGGCGCGGGGCACUAGCGAGCUAGCAAGCUAGGCGCCCGGGUGCGGCAGGGAAUGGCGGCAAGCUAAGGUCACUCAGCUGUUCUAGCUUACAGGCACGCAUGCUAGUAUACUUUACCGGACGGGCUCAUGUUCUUUGGUGCAGUACUAUGUUUUGUUUGUUCUUUACUAUAUGUACGGUUGGCAUGUACGUAUACAGCAAAAUACUCCUAAUGACGAAGCACCGGUACAUAGACGUGCCUGUUUUCAGGUGCGAUAGCUUAAUUAUCUUGUAACAUGUAACCGCACAUAUAUAUAUAUAUAUACGGCGUCUUGG